AUGGUUUCUGUUGCUUCAUUGGCUAAUACUUCACAGCAUCACGUAAUUUUCGAAUACAUAGAAAAGUUGAAAAAUGAUUGCAAUGGUUGGAAGAACUGCAUCGAAAAAAUUAUUAGCGGCUGUGAUCCGGAAGAACACUUCAUGCUUCUACAGGUAAUUGAAACAUAUUUGACAGUGCGCUAUGCGGAUAAUGACCAAGACCAGGAUAUUAUCCGAAGAUGGAUGCAUGGCUGGUUGCAACACUUAAGUUCGCCUGGGAGUCAACCAUCAUAUUUAGUGAACAAAAUGGCUCAACUUUUUGCGUUGGUUUUUGCUGCCGAUUUUCCAAAUCGUUGGCCUAAUUUCAUGGAAGAGGCAAGUUUCUUUUAA